GAAGUGGCGGUGCUUGUGUUUUGAAUGGCGCUGUAGAUGCUCACGGGGCUGUGCUAAACCGCUCUGUGUUUCAGUCUUUUCCUCGCGAUAUCAGAGCUUCGUGGAGCCCGGCUUGGUGCGGGUUUGGUGCCCGGGUUGGUGCGGGUUUGGAGCGGGUUUGAGGAGGUUUUUGUGCCGUUUGGUCCGCGCUGGUGUCAUGGCGGCCGCGGGCUCUGCUCUGGGGGGAGAUGUGGAGGAGGACGCGUCUCAGCUCAUGUUUCCCAAAGAGUUCGAAAACGCAGAGACGCUCCUGAACUCAGAGGUUCACAUGUUGUUAGAACACAGAAAACAGCAGAACGAGAGCGCCGAGGACGAACAGGAGCUGAGCGAAGUGUUUAUGAAGACGCUCAACUACACGGCGAGAUUCAGCCGCUUCAAGAACAGAGAGACCAUCACCGCCGUGCGCAGUUUGCUGUUGCAGAAGAAGCUUCAUAAGUUUGAGUUGGCGAGUUUAGCAAAUCUGUGUCCUGAGGCGGCGGAGGAGGCCAAGGCGCUGAUACCGAGUUUGGAGGGACGCUUCGAGGACGAGGAGCUACAGCAGAUUCUGGACGACAUUCAGACCAAGAGGAGCUUCCAGUACUAGACCUGGACCGGGUCUGGACCGGG